GGUUUACAAACGUUAAGAAAAUAGCGCGUGAUUGAGCUCAUAAACUGAACCCGUCGGCUUUCCAUAGUGGUACUCCCUAGACUUACAAACCAAUCAAAAAAAUCGAGAGUUUCUUUUCCCCUAAUACGUUUCAGAAAAUUUAACCCGUGAUGUUCGCACUCGCAAGAAGGCAGCAGUUCAUGCUUGACUCUGUUUUUCUUUAGGUUGUGCUGUUGCGCACAUAAUUUAACAGACGUGCGUCUGGUCGUUUUGGUCUUUACUCAUGGACAACAUGAAUCAUUAAUUUCGCUGAACGUCUAAAUGUCAAUCUAAAGGAGCCCGCAGGAGGUGAAGCGGAUCCUCUGGUCGCCCUCCCUCAAUAUGGCGUCCGGAUAUGGGUACGAAUCGCGGACCAUAGGCAAAGAUGAUGUGAACUACAGGAUGCAUUCCGUAUGAUCAACGAGCAGCAAGUGGAGGAUAUUACACUGGACUUUUUCUAUAAGCCGCACACAAUAACACUGUUAACAUGCACAGUGCUCAGCUUGAUGUAUUUCGCAUUUACAAGGGAUGAGUCAAACGAAGACGCUAACUUGUGGGUGGGCCUCAUCCUGGUCAUCUCCUUCUUCCUGGUCAUCAGUGUUCUGGCCUUCCCUAACGGACCAUUUACCAGACCACAUCCGGCGAUAUGGCGAAUAGUUUUCGGUCUGAGUGUGCUGUACUUCCUGUUCCUUGUGUUCAUCAUCUUCCUAAACUGGGAGCAGGUGAAGAACGUCAUGUACUGGCUGGACCCCAACCUGCGCUACGCCACCCGGGAGGCUGACAUCAUG